CGGAUGUUUUGAUGUUUACGUCAACGAAGACGGCCAUUUUGAUGGCCAGACUUUGCAAGUGACUGAGGUUUUUUUUGGCUAAACAAACUUAUAGGCCUCUUAUAUGCUGUAAAAUUAGAUAAAAUGGCUUCUCAGAGAGGUGGAGGCUUAGUCCAACGACGGGGUAAUAAUGUAAGAACAGACGAAGCAAAUUCAAGUGAACAGCAAGAAGAUCUUUCGGGAUAUCCUGAUGAAGAAGAGGAACACGACUCAAAAGAAACUCGUUUAACUUUAAUGGAAGAAAUCUUACUGUUGGGAUUAAAAGAUAGAGAGGGUUACACUUCAUUCUGGAAUGACUGCAUAUCAUCCGGUCUGAGAGGCUGUAUAUUAAUAGAACUUGGGUUACGAGGACGGGUAGAACUAGAGAAAGCAGGAAUGCGUAGAAGAAGUUUACUAAAUCGUAAAAUCCUUCUAAAGAAUCCAGCUCCUACAGGUGAUGUUUUACUGGAUGAAGCAUUAAAACACAUUAAAGAGACAGAACCAGCUGAAACAGUUCAAAGUUGGAUAGAAUAUUUAAGUGGUGAAACAUGGAAUCCAUUAAAACUGCGAUAUCAGUUGAGGAAUGUAAGAGAGAGACUAGCCAAGAAUUUGGUAGAAAAAGGAGUAUGUACAACAGAAAAACAGAAUUUCCUUCUGUUUGAUAUGACCACUCAUCCAUUAACUGACUCAAAUAUCAAACAGAAAUUAAUCAAGAAAGUACAGGAAUCUGUAUUAAGUCGAUGGACAAACAAUGCACACAGAAUGGAGAAACGCAUGUUGGCAUUAAUAUACCUUGCACAUUCUUCUGAUGUCCUAGAAAACGCUUUUGCUCCACUUUCUGAUGACGACUAUGAAAUUGCAAUGAAACGAGUCCGUGAAUUACUUGACCUUGAAUUUGACCAGGAAUCUAUGAAAGAAGGGACCAAUGAUGUACUGUGGGCUGUUGUAGCUGCAUUUAGCAAGUGAUCUUCAUUGUGACAUUAUCUGUGGGUCUAUACAUGCUGUUUUAUCUAUGUUUUAUUUCUAGAUGAUAUCUCGUCAACAUUUUAUCCCUUAACAUUUUUCAUGGAUAGAGCAACCAUAACAUAUAGGUCAUACUUCUUAUAACAUAGCUCUUACAAGGAAACAGGAUAUUUAUACAGAAAUUCUGAGCUAUUAAUGAUCUAUUGCUUAAAUCUUACAAUUGGGUUUUUAAUCAUUUACUUUGUUAUGUGAUAUUAGAAUAAAUUAAAAGUGUAUGUAUAGAAAAAAUAAACUUAAUUUAUUGUACAAAAUGUCUAAAACCUUCCAAUACCUGGCACAGAUAAAAUCUAACUUAAUUACACCAAAGUCAAAUAAUCAUUAAUUUGUUAUAACUUUGUUUUGGCAAAUGAUUUUAAAUCUUACAUUUUCCUAACUCAUAAAUCAUGCAGUGACCUUCGAUUUUGUGAAAAUUUUGUGUUUUUAGAGAAACCGGUUUACAAAGUACAAAUAAAACAGUGUAAUGGAUAGAUAAAUGUUUCUCUAAAUUAAAUUCUAAAUUUCUUGGUUACAAUAAUAUUUAUAUGAUGGUAGGUGUAGUAAGAAACAGAAACAAACAUUUUGACUUCUGUGAAAUACUUUUAUAGGACAAUUUUUAUUUGUUUAUGAAAAAGUUCUGCUUUGUGGUAUAAAUUUGUUUUCAAGACUUACAAAAAUGUAAGUGAACAAAUGCAUGAAACAUUUGCUAUUUGAUUAGUUAAGUCUGGUGAUUUAGUCGACUUGUUUUCAGACAAAACUGAUACUCAAGUAAUAAUAAAACUUCAUUGAUAUACUUUUUUCACUCCCUGUAAUGUACAUGUAUAUACAUUAUUUAUGACAUGAAAUGAUUUUCACCAAACUAUUUGUAAGCAAUUUGAUUAUAUUCAGAAUUAUUGUGUUAACAUUUCUGCUGAAUUUGUCUUAUAUAGAAAGAAAGUGGUUUAAAUGUUCUGUGAAAUAAUUGUCAAUAGUGAAAAAGAUGGCCUUUGAUUACAUUUUCUUACUACAUGAAAUUGAAUGUUUUCAAAGUACACAAUAACCUAAAGGCAUAUCUAUGGGAAAUUGUAUUAAAUAACAGGAAGUGAUAUUGAGGUAAAGUACAUGUAACAUAUACAUGUGCUGUGUAAUUACUCUAAACAAGUAUGUCACUUGUAUUUAUUCCACCUUACAUGUAUGUAGUGUGGAUAGGCAAUAACGGUUUUUUGAAUGUUUUAACAGAUAAUGGCUGUAUUAUUUCAUGUAUGUACAAUGAUGGAGUUGUAUAUUUUCUUACCUUUGUAAACAUUUUCAACUAAGUUAGCUGUUUUCUACAUGGAUUGCUAGUUGAAAUCAAUUGUAAAGUUGUAUUUCCUUAAAAAAAUGUUUUUAAUAGAAUUCACUGAAGUUUGUAUAUGUGUACAUAUAUGCUGCUUUAUAUCUGAAAUUGAUCAUCUACAAAUAUGUAUUGUGCAGAGUAUUAUUAUUUUAACUUUAUGUACAGGACCCAAUGGUUGAGACUGUAAUUGUCCUUUGAUAAUUGAAAUCUAAAUCUUGUUAUAAUUGAAAGAUGUUUGAGAAAUGUCAAUGAGGCUGCAAUACAAGAACAUGUUGUACAACACCAAAUGCUGGCUUUCACUUAUAACUUACUAAUUACUGGUCUCGUUCUUAACUAUGAAAAUAAAACAUCAGAGUCAUUGAAAUUAACAAGGUUCUGAAAAAACCCACAAAGGAUUCCUUCCUUCAGUACAGUAUUUGUUUUAAUAGUAAACCUUAAAGGCAGAGUUUACUUAACACAAUGUUUAAAAGUUAAGAGUUUAUUUUUUGUUGCCUGUUACAUUUUCUGUACUUUAUUGUUAAGUUUUAACGGGUUUGAAAUUUGAAACCUUUCCCAAUCAUUUUGGCCCCCAAAAAUGUAGUUUUGUUUUCUGCCUCUCUACCUACCCUAAACAUUCAUGUCUGCUCUAUCACAUUGUAUGGUCAUUUAUGUUCAGUCCAGAAUAUUUCCCUAUAAAGUAAAUUUAGAAUGUUCAGACAAAAAUAUUUUAUCUACCCAUCUACCCUAUUUUUUCUGCAAGGAGGCAGGAAACAAAUAUAUAUUUUUAGCCUUAUUUGAUGUAAACGGUCAUUUGAAGAGAUGUAAUAUGUUUUGAUAUAUAUUUAGAACCUAUGUUAAGUCUCAAUAGUAGUUACAUGAUAUCUACAGACUUGGUUUGUUUCAUUUCCUAAGUGCUUGUACAUGAAAUAAUUCAAUUUGUUGUUUAUUUAUUGCUAUGCUUGUUGAAAUGAUCAGUGAUAUUUACUGACUUUUUGAAAAUACUAUUUAUUUUAUUACCAAGAAUACAUUAUUUAUAAGCCAUAAUUGAUUUCCAUGAUGUUUUACAAGUUUUCCUUACAAAUAAGCAGUGUGCAGAAAUUUUUGAAUUAAAACACUUGAAAGUGCAAAAAUAUUAUGAUAUAAAACAGAAAGGGUAUAUAUGGGAUAAUUUAUGAUAAUCUAAACAAAUUUUUUUAGGAAGAACAUUUUUUUUCAUAGAUUUCUGCAAGUCUGAUAUAUGUUUAAAUCAUAACUAUUAAUUAAGGUUGUGAGUGUUGUCAAAAUUUUUAGACUUAUUGGAAGCUUGAGUUUAAAAAUUUUGAUUUCCGCAUUGUUUUGCCUGACAACACUGAUCAAAACUGUUGUCAUAUGUUAAAAUUCAAGUACGUAAUCUUGAUCUGUAAAGUUGAAUGUCAGCAAAUUAAUUACGGAGAUCCAGAUGUUGUAACUUGACAUUCUGUUCCACCUCUAAAGGUUUUUAUUUUUACCGUCAAAUAAUCACGUCUCAAACAUUUGUGUAGCAAGUUUUUUUCUUUAAUGAACAGCUAGUAUGUUUGUUAUUCAAAACUGUUGCAGAUUUAUUUUUGUAACCUAACUUGUGUAUCUCAACAUGUUCAUGCUGAUUCUGUGUGUCUGUCUUGGUGUAUGUGUACAGUCAUAUAGAGUAUCAAUCAAACAAAACGUAUAUUUUAUUAUUACAACAAAUUCAAAUUUCAGUGGAAAGUGCAACAUCAAAAUGAUUGGAUAACACAUUGUGUUAAGUGUGUUGGUGUAAGUUAAUAGGUCAGCUGUGAAUGUGAAAUCCAACACAUAUUUAUGUGUUUUUUGUAUUAUUAAAGUCUUAGCUAGGUAUUAGUCAUUUCAUUUAAGAUAAUUUUUUCCUUUAAUUAAACAGUUCAUAAAAUGAUUUGCAAUGUUAAAAUGGGUGAAAUAAAGUAUCUGUUAUUAUUAUACGUUGGUGAUGAAAUCAUUGGGUGAAAGUGUGCAGGGCAUACUAUAACAUUGUGUACAUUGGUUGAUUCAGUUCUUUAUUGUCAUUCUGUCAUCGUCAAAGGAUUUAAUCAUUUAUUUAAGAUAUGGCUUCAUAGAUUAUAAAGAUAUGCCUGUUUCUUGUUUUAGUAGAUUAAAAAUCAAGGCUGGAAGUUCUACAAUUUUGUUUUUUUUAAGAUUUUUGAUUAUAUAGACAGAUUCAGGCAAAGGUCUUAACUUUGACCAUACUAUCCUCAUAUUUGUUAGAAGAUCAGGUAUAGCACCUUAAAUAAAUGAUGGAUGAGGAAAAGGAAACUUGAAAUAUUUUUUUAUUUACAACUGAACAAUUUGUGUGUAUAAAAAGUACAAGUUUGUUAGGACGACCAUGAAAUCAAACUUACUUUUAUUUACCAACCAUUUGAGGAGCUACAUUUUUUUUGUAAGCCAAUCAAAUCAUCGAUCAGGUAAAAAAGAAUGUUUUAACCAUAGGAAAGAAUUCAUGCUCACCUAAUAAAUAAGCAAACUUACUAUCUACACAUUCAAAUGAUUUAGUUGUAAUUAAUCUAAUUUUACCAACAUAGAUAUAUUACCAUGGGAUAUAUAAAUUUAUAUGUAUAUAUUGUAACACUGAGGACAAUUUAAUAUUUGAACAUUGAGGGGUGUCUAUUUAAUUAUGUGUGCAUCUAACUUCGCUGAAAUACAAUCAGUAAAAUGUAAGAUGUAAAUAUGGAAAACUGUAAAUUGCUUGUUGACAAUUUCUUAUAUAUCUGAAUGGUAUUGUCAAAUAAAUUUACAUACAAUUAGAAA